AUGGGUUUCCAUUUUUACAAUGCUUGUUGUUUCCUCAUCAUCUUCUCAAAAGUUUCAACUGCAAUCGACACCCUUUCUCCAUCUGAGUUACUCAUUCAUGGCAUGACCUUAGUCUCCAGCGAUGGACGCUUCGAAUUGGGUUUCUUCUCUCCUGGCAGUUCUAAGAACCGCCACUUGGGAAUCUGGUACAAAAAUAUCCCCAUGCAAACUGUCGUUUGGGUUGCAAACAGGGUAAACCCAAUAAACGAUUCCACUGGCUUGUUGAAGAUACAAAGUAGUGGCAGAAUCGUGCUUCAAGCUCAGAACUCAACAUCUGUUUGGUCGACUAAUUCGACAGCAAGAGUUCAGAAUCCGAUAUUGCAGCUCCUGGAUUCUGGCAAUCUCGUUGUCAAAGAUGGAAAGGAGAGUAAUCCAGAGAAUUAUUCAUGGCAAAGCUUUGAUUAUCCAUCAGAUACAAUACUAGCAGCCUGGAAGAACUGGGAUGAUCCAUCUCCCGGUGAUCUUACUUAUAGUGUAGAACUCCAAGGAAACCCAAAGAUGGUGCAAAGGAAAGGCUCAGAAAAGUACUAUAGAAGUGGGCUAUGGAAUGGUGAUGGAUUUAGUGGGACACCGAAAUGGCUCGAGAGAUGGAACUCAUCGGAUUGGUCCCACGGCUGCAUACACAGUAAGCCAUUGAACUGCCGGAGUGGAGAUGGGUUUAUCAGAAUUGGGAAGGUGAAAACCCCAGACACCCCAAGUUCUUGGGUUAAUAGAACCAUAAAUCUCAAGGAAUGUAGGACCAGGUGCUUGAGGAAUUGUCCAUGCAUAGCAUAUACAAAUUUAGAUGUUAGGAAAGGAGGUAGUGGCUGCGUCAUGUGGUUCGGUGAUCUAAUUGAUAUCAAACAUUAUCAAUCAGGUGGUCAGGAUCUUUACAUCAGAGUAUCUGCUUCACAAGCAGGUACUGAUUAUGAAGCUAGAAUAUGUUCUUAUUUCAUCUUGUAA